AUGUCGUCAUGUACGUUCGACGGCAAAGGGGACCCCAAACGAUAUGUAGCGGCCUUCGAAAGCCACAUGUUGUAUACCAUCACCGACGCGGUGUGGUGCAAAGUAUUUCCAACAACGUUAACGGGUCCUGCUUCGGACUGGUUUUCUAAUUUGGAACCCGGUUCAAUUGACUACUUUGAUACCUUGGUCGAGCUGUUUACCGGCCAAUAUAUCACCAACAACGCUAGACAAAGAACUUCUGGAGAGCUUAUGGCAGUAAAGCAGAGGAAGGAUGAGUCGCUUAGGGACUUCAUAAGACGAUUCAACAACAAGGCCAAUACAAUACCAAAAUUACAACAAGAAAUAGUUGUGAUGGCUUUAAUGAGUGGCUUAGGUGAUAAUGACUUCAAGAAAUACAUGGCGAGGAAAUCUUUCCCGAAUUUGGGUGUGGCAUUUGGUAAAGCCCAUGAAUACAUAAAGAGUGAGGAGCUAUUGAAGACUAGCAGUUAG